AUGUUUUGUGAAUUGCUUGAAUGUCCUGCUAAAACUAGAAAAAAUGUUAUUUAAACAUUUUUCAAAAAUAGAAGUUCAAUUUAUUUAUUAAGUGACUUCUAAAAAGAUAUUGGAUUAUAUGAAUUAUUCUGA